ACCAGCCGCUGGCGCCGCUGCCAUCGCCAUCUCCGCCGCUAGCACCGCUGCCGCCACCGCGCCCAGCUCCGCUCCAGCUCCUGCGUCCUUUCCGCCCGCCAUGCCUCCCCGCCGCGCCCAGGCGCCCGGUGCCCAGAUGCUGCCCGCCCUGGCCCUGCUGCCGCUGCUGCUCGGUGCUGGGCCCCAAGGCGGCUGUUUGGCCAGUCCGGUGCCCGCCGCGCCCCUGCCUGCUCCGGGACCGUGCGCCGCGCAGCCCUGUCGGAACGGGGGCGUGUGCACUCCGCGUUCCGUGACCGGCCAGGAGCACCCCGCGGCCGAUGCCGAGCCCGGCUACAGCUGCACCUGUCCCGCUGGGGUCUCCGGCACCGACUGCCAGUUUGUUGUAGAUCCUUGUGCCAGCAACCCUUGUCACCAUGGCAACUGCAGCAGCAGCAGCAGCAGCAGCGGCAGCAGCAGUGACAACAGCAGCAAUGACAGCUACCACUGCAUUUGCAAUGAUGGCUACGAAGGUCUCAAUUGUGAACAGCCACUUCCCAGUAUUCCAGACUCUGGCUGGACAGAGUCCAUGGCACCCAGACAGCUUCAGCCUGUGCCCGCCACCCAGGAGCCUGACAUAAUCCUGCCCCGCUCUCCGGCGACCGCAACACUGCCAACCUGGCAGCCAAAAACAGGGCAGAAAGUUGUGGAAAUGAAGUGGGAUCAAGUAGAGGUCGUCCCCGAUGUUGCCUGUGGGAAUGCCAGUUCCAACAACUCCGCAGGCGGCCGCCUGGUGUCUUUUGACGUGCCACAGAACACUUCCGUAAAAAUCCGGCAGGACGCCUCAGCUUUGCUGAUCUUGCUGUGGAAGGUCACAGCCUCGGGCUUCCAGCAGUGCUCCCUCAUAGACGGACGAAGCGUGACGCCCCUCCAGGCUCCAGGGGGCCUUGUCCUGCUGGAGGAGAUGCUGGCCUUGGGACCCAACCACUUCAUCGGUUUUGUGAAUGAUUCCAUUGCUAAGUCCAUUGUGGCUUUGCGUUUAACUCUGGUGGUGAAGGCUAGCACCUGUGUGCCUGGAGACAGCUACUCGAAUGGCUUAGAGUGUUCAGGGAAAGGAAGAUGUGUCACGAAGCCGUCGGAGGCAACUUUUUCCUGCACCUGCGAGGACCAGUACAUUGGCACGUUCUGUGAAGAAUUUGAUGCCUGCCAGAGAAAACCCUGCCAGAAUGAGGCGAGCUGUAUUGAUGCAAAUGAGAAGCAGGAUGGGAGCAAUUUCACUUGCCUUUGCCUUCCUGGCUAUACUGGAGAGCUUUGCCAGUCCAAGAUUGAUUACUGUGUCUUAGACCCAUGCAGAAAUGGAGCCACAUGUGUGUCUAGCCUCAGCGGGUUUACCUGCCAGUGUCUGGAAGGGUACUUCGGCCCCGCUUGCGAAGAGAAGGUGGACCCCUGCGUGUCGUCUCCGUGCCAGAACAACGGCACCUGCUACGUGGACGGAGUACACUUCACCUGCAGCUGCAGCCCUGGCUUCACAGGGCCCGCGUGUGCCCAGCUCGUGGACUUCUGCGCCCUCAGCCCGUGUGCCCACGGCAUCUGCCGCAGCCUGGGCACCAGCUACAAGUGCCUCUGUGAUCCAGGUUAUCAUGGCCUCUACUGUGAGGAAGAAUACAAUGAGUGCCUGUCUGCUCCGUGCCUGAACGCUGCUACGUGCAGGGACCUCGUCAAUGGCUAUGAGUGUGUGUGCCUGGCAGAAUACAAAGGAACACACUGUGAACUGUACAAGGACCCCUGUGCUAACAUCAGCUGUCUGAAUGGAGGUACCUGCGACAGCGAGGGCCUGAACGGCACGUGCAUCUGUGCACCAGGCUUCACAGGUGAAGAGUGUGACAUUGACAUCAAUGAAUGCGACAGUAACCCUUGUCACCAUGCUGGAACCUGCUUGGACCAGCCCAAUGGUUACACCUGCCACUGCCCUCAUGGCUGGGUGGGAGCAAACUGUGAAAUCCACCUGCAGUGGAAGUCUGGGCACAUGGCCGAGAGCCUCACCAACAUGCCGCGGCACUCACUCUACAUCAUCAUCGGCGCCCUCUGUGUGGCCUUCGUGCUCAUGCUCAUCAUCCUGAUUGUGGGCAUCUGCCGUAUCAGCCGUAUCGAGUACCAGGGCUCCUCCCGGCCCGCCUACGAGGAAUUCUACAACUGCCGCAGCAUUGACAGUGAGUUCAGCAAUGCCAUCGCAUCCAUCCGGCACGCCAGGUUUGGGAAGAAAUCUCGGCCUGCGAUGUAUGAUGUGACCCCUAUUGCCUAUGAGGAUUACAGCCCUGACGAUAAACCCUUGGUCACACUGAUUAAGACGAAAGAUUUGUAAUCUUUUUUUUUUGGAUUAUUUUUCAAAAAAAAUAUGAGAUACUAAGAUCAUUUAAAUAUUUUUAAGAAAAUUAAAAAGCUUAAGAAAUUUAAAACGUUAGCUGCUCAAGAGUUUUCAGUAGACUAUCGAGGAACUAAUUUUCUGCAGCUUUUAGUUUGGAAAAAAAAAAGUAUUUUAAAAAGCCAGAAUUUGUGAAAUCCAUAGACCAUGUUUUAACGUACCUUCAGCUCUCAACACUGUAUGCUUCGACUCGUGUGAUCUCUCUUGACAGUAGGCCCCACCGCGAAACCCAGAUGGACUUCUGUGGUUGCUACAGAGUAAAGUCUUACAUAGGAAGAGUUUCUUUUGACGUGUGAGUGCCGGCUUUCUUAGUAGAAUUAGGAAAAUAAGUAGAGUAUGAUGCAUAACCCAGUAUAAUCGUUACUUACUAAGACGUGGCGUCCGAGAUGUUUGUUUUGUGGAAAAAAGAAAAAAAGAAAAGAAAAGAAAACUAGUUAAAUUUAUUCUUCCUAACCGGAAUGAGAUUAGCCUCUGCCGUAUUCUGUGCAUGAGUAAGUAACUUAUUUUCUGCACUGUUUUGUUGAACUCUGAGGAAGCAUUGUUCUUUCCAGUUUGUUUUAGUCAUUUUUGUAACAGUCCUUGAACUUGACCUUGUAAACAUAAAUGAGGAAAGGAUCUAGGGAGGCAAACACUGGUCAGUUUCAACCUAGAGUUUUUCUUUUAAGAGUCAAGUAGUUUUCUUUUUAAUUGUGAGUGGAGUAAGUUAUGUUGCGGGUGAUUCUUGCUAGGAGGUAGUGUCAUGUAAGAGGUGCUGGUCCCUUCUGUGGUGUUUCUCAUAGUGCACCUUUAUUUAUACCCAAGACAUCUUUGUGGCUGUAUUUGAUUGAUAUGUGCUUCUUAUGAUUAUUGCUAAUUUCAAAGACUAUUGAAUAAACGUUAGCAGGUCAAGGA